AUGCAUCAUGCAUGCCAUGUCUGCGGAGACUCAGAUGCACCUUAUUGUUGUGAAGAUUGCUUUUCAGUCAAUUUAUUUUGCUGCUCGUGCAUGAUUACACUGCACCAGAAUUUACUGCUUCAUCGAGUCAAGAAAUGGCAGGAUGGAUAUUUUCACUCUGCGACUUUGAAGCAACUUGGAUUGUGCAUCCAAUUGGGAGACCACGCUGAGCAACUUUGUCACAAUCCCAAACCUGCCAGAAACAACAACUUUGUCAUAAUUGAUGUCCAUGGAAUACACAAGGUCGCACUUGACUUCUGUGAUUGCACCAAUGCAUCCUCCCACUACAGACAACUUCUCCACAGGCAGUUGUAUCCAGCAACUUCAACUGACCCAAGGACUGCUGCAACAUUCGCAGUACUCGAACAUUUUCACCUCCUAUCAUUUGAGUCCAAAGGCCCUGCUUAUGAGUUUUACCACUCCCUCGCAUGUUGA